AUGCAUAGAAUGGCCGACGAACUCAAAACCUCAAGAAGGCGCGAACACCGGUGGAAACUGAUCCUCUGGAGUCCAAAAAACACCAAGGAAGAAGAAAGGAAGGAGACGAUCGAACAGAAUACAAGAUGGCCAAAGGAAUCACAUCCCGACGCCAUUGGCGCGCACGACGAAAGAUCUCCGAAUCCACACUACAAUGAAUUCCUUACAAUUCAAGAGAUGGCCGAUGGAGUGAAAUUUGGCCGAUCGCGAGCAAGUAAAAUGGCCGACAAUCCAAAUCACGGCAUUUACCGCGGCCACCGGCUCAAAUCACCUCAAUCAAGCAUCCACAUCGCAUCUAAAGAAGAAAAUCCAGAUUGGAACGAGCAGAAUUGGAGAAGACCGAAGGAAGACGUUCCCGGAGCCAAUUUGAAAAUUUUUCAAAGGAGAUCUCAAACCACUCGUUCAAACGACCCCAAACUUCACCAGUCGCCAUAUUAUACAAUAUUGGUCGACGAAAUUUCAAGAUAG